GGGCAGAGGCAGAGCGCAAGCAAGCAAAGUAAAGCUAGCAGCAUUCUUGCGUAGUAGCGCCUAAGCCAACGCACCCAGGUAGCCAGCCAUGAUGAACAUGAACUACGGUGGCGGAAGCAGGGGUCCCGCGGCCAUGGUGCGGUGCAGGCAAUGCAGCUCGAGCAUCACUGCGAUGCCCGGCGCCCGUGCCGUCCAGUGCAUGCAGUGCUCCUACGUGACCCGCGUCCCCGGUUGUGGCCGGCCGCGCCCCGGGAUGCCGCUGGUGCCGCACAUGCGCCCUACCCCGGCCUUCGGCGGCGGCCGCAGCAAGAAGCGCGCCGUGCUGAUCGGCAUCAAGUACACCGGCAGGCGCUCCAGCGAGCUGAGGGGCCCCAUCAACGACGUCAAGUGCAUGAGGUACCUGCUCACCGAGCACUUCGGCUUCCCCAACGACUGCGUCCUCAUCCUCACCGAUGAGGAGAGGAAUCCCUGCAGGCUGCCGACCAAGGACAACAUCCGCAUGGCGAUGCACUGGCUGGUGCAGGGCUGCAGCUACGGGGACUCCCUGGUGUUCCAGUUCUCCGGCAUGGGAGCGCAGGUCCCCGACGACGACGGCGACGAGCUGGACGGCAUGGACGAGGCCCUCUGCCCCAUGGACUCCUUCCACCAGGGCCCCAUCCUGGAUGACGAGAUCAACGAGGCCAUCGUCCGCCCGCUCGUGCACGGCGUCACGCUCCACGCCGUCAUCGACGCCUGCCACAGCGCCACCGUCCUCGACCUACCAUACCAAUGCGUUGUGUCCAAGAGUACCGGGUGCCUGAGGUGGAGGGACGAACGCCCUAUGACCGGCGCCUGGAAAGGCACCAGCGGAGGCAAGGCAGUGCUCAUCAGUGGCAGCAGCAACGGCAAGAGGAUGCCUACGAACGCGCUGCCUCAACCCUAUGCCACCAUCGGCGCCAUGACGCACAGCUUCAUCAGGUCACUGGAGUGCGAGCCCCGCACCACCUACGGCCGCCUGCUCUCCUCCAUGAGGAGCAUCAUGCGCCAGGGCGGGAACUGCAACCUGCAAGGCCCCGUCGGGAGCUCCAUCCACAUGGUCACCAACUUCAGCGGCGUGGAGGAGCCUCAGCUGUCCUCUGCUCACAAGUUCAACAUCGACUGCGAGCCAUUCUGCCUGUAGAAUCAAUGAUCCUCAGUCGUCUCUGCAGGCUACUGCAACCGACUCGAUUACUACCUAAUCAUCAUCAACCGUUUCGAAAUAAUAUAAUCGAUCACUGGGUAUGAUGCUUGCUGCUACUACUAGUAGUGUAUGUGCGAUGCCACCAAGAAUGAGUCUUUUAAGGCUCUGAGGGCCUGCCUGCUUCUCCAUGACUACUGUAACGUACCUCCCUGUAAUAAGGCUGUUGUGUGUCAUGACACAUCCCCUGAAGUAAAUCAAGUUCUAUUAUACA